AUGAGUGAUUUUGUAAGUAUUAUCGACAAAAAGCCAUGUCAUAAUCUAAUAGGAUCCCAUAGGGAUUUUUUUUCUUUCGAUACGAAACCAGACUUGAAUAAAAGAUUUGUAAUCAUUCUAGAAGCUUGUACAGAACUAUCAGUGGAGAUGUUUAUUUGGUGGUGUUUAAUCAAAGUCUGUUUCUUCCUUAACUAUUACGUGGAGGUUCGAACUGAAAAUCUACGCAGUAAAAUUGACAUAUUCCGUCGUGAACUUCAAGUUUCUGACUGCCAGCUACGUAGAUUAACAAAUGUUGAAGGGACAAAGCCUGCAUGUAAUGAGGAUGGGAGUUACCAAAUUUAUCAAUGUGAUCAAAAUUCGGCUCCACAUAAUAAGGAAUGUUGGUGCGUGCACGAAAAUGGUCAGAUGAUUAAAGGAACUAUACGUUCAUUUAAACCUGGGGGAGUCGACAAAAGAUUUGAGGAGUGCAAGAAAAGCCGAAAAGAGGCGGGGGUACCACCCCCUGCACCACCAAUAUCAAGUACUACUGAUCCUAGACUUGGCUAUCAGUUAUUGCCUCAAUCUAGUUUCGCAAGUAACGUGGAUCCUUUUAUAUACAAUAUGUUGGCCCAAAGUUGGGAUCCUGUGAUGGGUGCACCGCCUUGUCCAUUUCAAUGCCAAUCGCCAUGCCCAUAUCCUUGUGUUUCUCAACAAAUGAACUUAAUGCCAAUGCCUCAAAUGCCAUGUCCUUUGAAUUGUGUUCCAGGCAAUUGUCCGGCAGGGUGCCCAGCAUCUCAACAGGCAAAUCAGCCAAGCUCGUGUCCAAACUAUUGUCCCCAAUCGAACUGCCCUAGUGGUUGUCCAGUAACACCAACGCUGCCGAUUUUUUCUCCAAGACCAUUGUGUCCACAACCAUGCUUGUUUUCAAAUUGCCCGAUUGGAUGUUUGCUCACUAAAAAACAAAUGAACGGAUGUCCAAAUCCAUGUCUUCCUCAAUCUUGUCCAAGUGGAUGUCAAGUUACCCAGUUAUCACCGCAACAAAUGCAACAAAUGUGUCCACAGCCAUGCAGCGGACAAUCCUGUCCAAGCGGGUGCCCACUUACAACUGCUACUAAUCCACCCCAAUGUCCGAGACCAUGCUUCAGAACAUCUUGUCCAAUUGGUUGUCCUAUAACGUUAUCUAAUACCUCCCCGAUCCAAAUGCCACCAGCGUUGCCAAUACAGCUUCCAACUGGUGGAUGUCCAAAUCCUUGUCCUCAUCCCUGCCCACCUGGUUGUCUCUCGAGUGGAAAUAGUAUACAAAAUAUUGGAUCUCAAACACCAUGCCCAUCACCCUGUCCACCUUCCGGCUGUCCAGCUGGUUGUGGUACGGUACAGAGAACAAAUAAUCAGCCUACUUCGUGUCCUCAACCUUGCCUACUACCUUCAUGCCCAAUGGGUUGCUUUCCUACAACACGAUAUUACUUUUCACCAGAAAUAAUGGUUCAACAAACGUGUCCCCAGCCUUGUCAACCGCCAUCGUGUCCGAUCGGCUGCCCACAAACUACUUCAACCAUGCCGUCUUCCUGUCCACAACCAUGCCAAGCACCAUCUUGCCCUGUUGGGUGCUUGUCAACGCCACGAUAUUACUUCUCCCCUGAAGUAAUGAUCCAGCAAAUGUGCCCACAACCGUGUCAACCUCCAUCAUGUCCCGUUGGUUGUCCACAAACAAUGACUUCAGUACCAACUUCGUGUCCUCAACCUUGUAUAUCACCAUUUUGUCCAACAGGGUGUGCUGUUUCGUCAUUACCAUCUCCACAACAAAUGUGUCCUCAGCCCUGUCUUCCGCCAUCUUGUCCAUCUGGUUGUCCAACGACAAUGAAUACAAAUCCGUCCUCAUGUCCACAGCCAUGUCAAGGCGUCAUGUGCCCGAUGGGCUGCCAGAGAAAUUCAAACUACUUUAACCAGGUUCUAUCACCUACCCAAACUUGUCCAACUCCAUGUUUACCUAAUAGUUGUCCGCCUGGAUGUCAGCUUCAACAAAAUAUACAGCAAAUAUUGCAGCAAACUUUCAAUCAGAUACAACCUCAAAUUGAUCAAAUUUUGCAUCAAAUAUGCCCAACACCAUGUCAAGCACCAUCAUGUCCAAAUGGUUGUCAACCUACGCCUGAACCAACCCAAAUGUGUCCUCAGCCAUGCCAGUUACCAUCAUGUCCAUCAGGAUGUCCACAAACCGCUUCAAAGCAGCCUAAGUUGUGCCCCAGGCCGUGUCCAAUACAGUCUUGUCCAUCGGGAUGUCCCGUUACUUCUAUUCUUCCAGUUCAAAGUCCUUUACCACCUCAAUUGUGCCCACAACCUUGUCCCCCUUCAUCCUGUCCAGCCGGAUGCCCAACAUUGUCAGCCCCGUUCCCAGUGCCGCAAUGUCCGCAACCUUGUUUUGUAAACUGUCCCCCUGGAUGCACACAAACGACAAAGUAUUAUUUUUCUCCUGAGAUGCUACUAUCACAGAUGGUACCGCAGCAACCUCAAGUUAUAACCAUCCCUCUCGUCAUGUCAAGUCCAAUGUUCCAGCAAUCACUGCCACAGUUACCGAAUUACUGCCCUCCGCAAUGCCCAACAAUUGAAUCUUGUCCUCCAGAAUGUUUUAUGCAGGCUGCUGGACCAAUAAUGUCUAAUACGCAUUCCUCCAACUGCAACUGUGAAUCUCAAGAUAAAAACAUGUGUAAAUGUUCCAAAUCGUCACAAUCGACAAAAAACGUUGCCGAAGAAGAAAAGCAGUGAAAAAUAAUUAUUUUUUGUACAAAAAUAAACUUUAUUUUUCUAUUAGUUAACCAGAUUAGUGGAGUGAAAAAAUUAUUUAUACCUCAAUUCCCUUGAUUCUGACGA